AUGGCCGCUGCCGGCACAGACCAAGCUGUGGCCAGGGAUGUCGAAGGCGCGGCAUCGCCAAAGGACACAAACUCUGCAAACCGGACAGCCGCAGGUCAAGCAGGUCAAUCGGGUCAAGCCAUGGAGAAUGCCGACAAGGCACUCGAGCCUCGUGCUGAUCCUGAUGCGCAAACCACGGUGACGGACUUCCUCGACUUUACAGAGUACCUGCCGUCGGACGUGAUUCGGUCGCUGACACUGAUCGGGAAGCUCGACGAGACAUAUAACGAUGCGUCAGUCAAGGUGGACGAACUGACAACGACAUGGGGUCAGCUUCCUAGCCUCGCCGCCGAGGACCGUCCCUCACCAGUCAAGCUGCGUGCCGACAUCUCAGAGAAGCUCAGCCAGGCAGUGAGCUCGAGAGUCUUUGCGCAUGACGAAGCUGUGAGGAUGUCUGAGAAUGUAAAUCGCCACUACAACAAGGCAAAGGUGCUUCUGGCGAAAUUACAAGACAUGAUGGAUAAUUAUCCAGCAGAGGAGCCCAAGAGUCCUGUCGUGUCCAGGUCGCCACAAGCCGUUCGCGCCAAACCCGCUGUUGGAGAAGAUGGGCAGAAGAUUCGACAUCAUCGAAUCCCCAAAGUCACCGUUCCAGGAGAGGUGCUUGCGCCUUACGAAAUCGAGUACGAUACCGCCAGCGACGAUAGCGACAUCAGCACCGAUGAGGAUUCCGACAUGUACGGCACAGGACGGAGAACUCCUGCUCCGCCGCGAAUUAAGAUCAUUUCGAACAAGCCUCACAAGCCAAACAGCCGACUGGCUCGUCCUGUUACUUAUUCCUCAGCGGCAAUGAGUGCUGCCGCUGCUGCAAACGCUGCCGCCCUUUUGAACCCACCUCCUGAGAACGCCGUGAUUGGUAGUGCAGAUGCCCCGUGGUUGCAACUUACCAAUUAUGAGCUUGCGAAGCUGCGAAAACGGAUGAAGAAGAACGCUACCUGGACACCUAGCGAGACAAUGGUAGCGAGGGAGCUUAAGGCGCUCGGUCGUGGGCCAGACGAGUACAGAGACGCAAAGAAGAAGGCGGAGGAUGAGGGGAAAGAAUUCAACCCAAAAGUGCCAACGCUUGUCGUGGACGAUGAGUCUGGGGCACAACAUCUCCCAGCCGGUGCCAUUAGCGCCGACUUGAUUGGGAUCGAGGAAGUCCCCACGAGCAAUAGAGGCAUGAAGUUGAACGAAGCCAAGAAGCUCAAGAGAGAGGCCCUGGCUAAAUUAGCAGCAGAGGAGGCCGAAGAGUCUGCUAGGAAGAUGACGCAUGCCGCUAAGCUCUUCAUGGGAAACGAAAAGAACAAGUCUGAAAACUCCAAGGAUUCCAAGGAGACAAAAGGAGGUAGCCAGCCCCCCGAAAAGUCCAGGGCCGCUUCUUCUCGGCCAAACGGCAAACGUAAAAGAGAGGGCGAAUCUGGAACUGAACCACCAGAGUCCGCCGAGACAACACCGCCGAGACCACAGCCCAAGCGGAGCAAGAUGGAAACUCCCGUUCCUCCACCUCAACAUCCUGGUAUGAACCAGAACAAUGCGCCGCCGGCGGACUCUAGCAACAAUCAUAUUCAUAUUAAUAACAACACCUCUAGCAAUAAAACCAACAACAACAGUGGCGGCUCUUCACUCCAGCCAAUGACGCCAGGACAGUCGGAAACGCCUGUUCCCAUACCAGUCCCUCCACAGAGCUCCUCUCGAUCCGCGCUGUCUCCAACCCCCAAUUCAACAAGCAGCAACAAUGUCACCACAACCACUAUACCUGUGAAGCCGCCCGCGGAAACUCCUGUUCCGUUGCCACGCACAGACCGACGGAAGUCCAUGACGCCAGUCGCGCCACCCUCCCGAGAGCCCGCCAAGAGAGAGACUCGAGGAGAAGCCGCGAAGCGGACACAGCACGCCUCUCCUCCCGACGUCCCUUCGUUGCGUCCUCCAUCUCGUGGCCAAACUCCAAUCGCGACCCGUCCUGGGUCCCGAGGCAAAGCAGCCAGCCAAGAGCCGCCCUCCCUCGCGUCCGACCGACCUCGUCGGUCCAGCACGGCUCGAAAUACCCCAAUACCGGAGUUUAAACAACCCGCGAAACGGACAAAGCGCCCCGCCCCUGGAGUUGUUAGCACCACCAACAGCGGCGGAAGCAGCGCCGUCGGCAAACGCAAAGCAGCGCCCAAGAAGAAGGCUCGCGCGACCAAGAGGGAGAAGGGUCAGGUGUUGGAGACGGAGAUGGAAGAGGUGGAUGAUGAGGGGAACCCAAUUGACCCGAAUGAGCCGCGAUAUUGUAUGUGCAAUCGAGUCAGUUUUGGGACCAUGAUCAAAUGCGACAAUGUUGAUGUAAGUCCCCCGGACUGCAAGAGAUCAAUGCUCUAG